AGGACUUGUCUUUCGGCGCCCUUCUUCGACAAUCGAUGACGUCAUUUACCGAGACUAUCCCAUCAUCGCCAGACUUCCACCCUUCACAUUCCUGCUGCCGACUCUGAUCGACGCGAAACACAACAGGCACAGCCAUGUCUGACUUCUCGGAAGACCAAAUCAUUGAGUUCAAAGAGGGGUUCAUGCUCUUCGACCGCACGGGCGAUGGGAAGAUCAGCUACAGCCAAUGCGGGGACGUGAUGCGGGCCCUGGGCCAGAACCCGGUCAACGCCGACGUGCUCAAAGUCCUGGGGAACCCUAAAGCCGAGGAGAUGAACCUCAAAAUGCUGGACUUCGAACAGUUCCUGCCCAUGCUGCAGGCCAUCGCCAAGAACAAGGAGCAGGGCUCAUUCGAGGACUUCGUGGAGGGCCUGCGCGUGUUCGACAAGGAGGGCAACGGCACGGUCAUGGGCGCCGAGCUGCGCCACGUCCUCACCACGCUGGGUGAGAAGAUGACAGAGGAAGAGGUAGAGACACUUUUGGCGGGACACGAGGACGCAAACGGGUGCAUCAAUUAUGAAGCCUUUGUUCGCCACAUCAUGUCUGGCUGAGCGUCGAACUCGUCCGGAUGGUCAUGAGCGGAUGAAGAUAUUAAGAACACACCUAUUUUUUUUUCUUUUCAUCAUAAUAUUUUUGUUUGUUUUUCUGUUACAUUUUUCCACCUUCCCCUGUAUGUCUGUGUGUAUUCUGCCACACCCCCCCGUCCCCACUCCCCCCAUUACAAUUUUAUUUUCGGAAGUGCCUUUCCUUUAUCUGCUUAUGUAGAAGACCCCAAGGACCUCCCACCCCCAUUCCAUGAAACCACGAACAUGCAUGAACCGAAAACUGCGAUGGGGAUAAGAAUCUGCAAUAAAACCUCCCUAGUUCCAGCAUCCCCAUCCCGAUGCACCGCUGUAGGCAAUACUAGCUCAUCUGUCCAGCAGGUGGCACUGCUGCAGGGGGUAAGGUAGUGGUGGUGGGGGUGUGGGCUGUGAUCUGUAAUGAACAGCACUGCGAUUGGCCGAGACUCGAUUUGGCUGAAAACGACCUCUUUUAGAGCUUUUGUAAGCUGUCAAUGUCCUAGCCAAUUUGUCACGAACCGGAAGUACAGCGGUAAAAUUUGUUGCAAAUUUUGUUUUGCCAUUUUUUUGUCAUUACUAUUACUUGUGCUUCAUUUGCAUAGUUCAGAAAUAAUAAAUGUGCCCAGUUUCUGAAAAUUACCAAA